GCCCUGGUGCCCGGCGCGGGGGCAGCGCGGCGGUGCCUGCUGCUGGCUGACUACAUGAAAGUGGCAGACUUCUGGAUCUUCUCAUCCCAUGCCUCUCCCUAAAUAAAAGGAAGGGGAAAGACAUCACUUGGAGUGUCUCUGACAAAAUCUGUGAAGUUCUAGCAGUCCUGAUACAAUUGACUUCAGCCCAGAAGCAAGCUGCUCUUUUCUAGUCAUAGAGGGGGAGAAACUAAUGUAAAUGCAAGUGACCAUGCAGAAUGCAGUUCAGGUGUGGUUUGGAGAUGACCUUCCCUUAAGUCCCAGAAGUCCCCUGACUCCCAGACAUGGGCCAGGUUUGGCAGACGUGUGCCUGUAUGACCAAUGGAUAUCUGUGCGGCAUGAAGCAACUUUGGUGCCUAUGCAGGAAGAUCUGUCCAUCUGGCUGUCUGGCUUGCUGGGAAUAGAAAUUAAAGCAGAACAACUGCUAGAAGAACUUGAUAAUGGGGUACUGCUGUGCCAGUUGGUUGAUGUUCUUCAAAACACAAUUAAAAAAUGUGGUAGCUCAAAUAAUUUAAGGAAUUUUCCUAUGAGAAAAGUUCCAUGUAAGAAGGAUGCACCACCGGGAUCUUUUUUUGCCAGAGAUAACACAGCCAACUUUCUUAACUGGUGUAGGGCCAUUGGAGUUGAUGAGACUUACCUCUUUGAAUCAGAAGGUUUAGUUUUGCACAAGGAUCCAAGACAAGUGUAUCUUUGUCUGUUGGAAAUUGGACGCAUUGUGUCCAGGUAUGGAGUUGAACCUCCUGUACUAGUAAAACUGGAGGAAGAAAUUGAGCUAGAAGAAACAUUGCUGUUGACCUCUGAACCAUCACCUAUUAGUCCAGCAAAGUCUUGUUGUCACCAUGGGGAGCUACAUGAGGCAGUUAAACAUAUAGCAGAAGACCCUCCCUGCAGUUGUUCCCAUCGAUUUUCAAUUGAAUACUUAUCAGAGGGACGUUACAGGCUGGGAGACAAAAUACUCUUCAUACGAAUGCUACAUGGCAAGCAUGUGAUGGUUCGUGUUGGUGGAGGCUGGGACACUCUUCAAGGCUUUCUGCUUAAAUAUGAUCCAUGCCGAGUGCUUCAGUUUGCAACUCUGGAACAAAAAAUCCUGGCCUUUCAGAAAGGGGUCACCAGUGACAGUGUCCCCAACUCGCCAGCUAGAAUUCAGGAGCCUCCUGUCAUGAAUCCAAUGUCAGCUGUCGAUAUGUUUCCAAAGCACCCAUCAAAACACCCCACUACUCCUGUGUCUGCUGCCAAGGCUGUCCACACAGCCAGUGCCAAGAAGGUUGUAUCUACACGUCCUCAGUCCCCUCUCCUGGCAUCACCAAAAGUGCCACCGCACCCAUCCCCUGCAGCCAAGCCAUUGGCAGUCAGGUCCAAACUACAAGGCUCUUCAGGGACCGGUGUGCAGUCUCCUCUCAAACCAUUAGGUGGCACCUCGAAGAAACUGCAGCCUCCUGCACAUAAGUUGCCACCUUCUGCUCAUUCUCAGCCUGCAAGCAAAACCUCUUCAGCUGCCCGAACACGAAUGGCUCUCGUUCACUCCGAAACCCUGCGCAAACGGAUUCGGUCCCCUGAUGCUCCCAAGAUGAAAUUUGCCCUGGCUCAGGGUUCCUCAGCACCGGUGCUGCAUCCUGCCCCCUCAUCCUCUAAAAAACAGCUGCCUCGCUCCCCUGCCACAGCUGAAACCUUGGCCUCAAAACACAAACGUGUGGCCACUAAGCCUGUGUCUGUCACUGAAGCCAAAGCCAAUUCAGUGGCUCCGAGGGCUGCUCGGCCCCCCAUUACAAAUCUCUGUGCUGUUGCCAAGUUUGCACAUUCCCAGCAGCUCCUUGUGAAACCUCCUUCUGAAAAUACUAUCGAGGCCUCAGGAACUGGGUCUCGGCGUCAUCAAAAAGCUCCACAAACAGCUUCUGACCUGGCAAGGAAUCUGAAAAGUGCUUCAGUUCUAAAACAUUCAGCUUCUGCCCCUUCCCUUGCAGUUAGCAAAGCAUCAAAGUCUUCACCUACAUUGGCAUCUACAAGCAAAACCCUCUCAUCAGCUGUCAGCAAGCAGCCAAAUGUCAGCACAGCUUCUCAGGUUGGACUCGUUUCGCCCAAACCUCCAGAACGCACUCCCUUGUCUGUCGUACGGCUUCCUCAAACCUCAGCCAAAGUGGCAGUGACCAAAAAGCCAGCUCAGCCUUCGACCAAGAACUUGCAAACAAGUGAAAGCUUGGCCCCGGCAGCCAAGAAGCCUCUCCCUAAGGGAAAAUUGGCAAUGGCAUGUAACAAAGGACAGCCUGGGGUAUCAAAAGGUCCUCUUACAAAGAGCAGGCAAGAUGAUCACUAUUUUGUGAUGACAGGGAGUAAAAAGCCCAGAAAGUAAACUUAAUUCUUAAUUUCUACAAAGCCUUAGCUUUUUUCAAGUGAGCCUCUGAGUAUUUGCUACACAGAGGAUAAGGGGAAAACAUAUAACACUAUGUUUAGCAUGAAAUAUUAGGUGUAACAUACAUUUUGCUGC